UAGAGAAAGAGAGAAUGUUAUAUCAGGCUUCUGGGAUGCCCCACAGAUACUCCACCCUUAAGUCAAAAGAGAGAAGAGAGUCAGGUGGAGACAGAAACAGUGAGUCUGAAGGAGAUGGAGAACCAGCCUGUUGGCAAGUGAGACAAAUAAAGGAACAGACCGGGGUCGGCUGGAAAAGUAGCUGAGAAGGAGAACGCUCCACAAAGUAGAGGCAAACAGAGAAAAAGAAGGAGUGCCCCCUUAAGAGCCAGUCAGGAGAAAGAAGAAACAGAAUGGGGGAGGGUCUCCUGGCGUCCACGCGGUCUGUACCUGUUUGUAUGCAUAUCUGAGGCUGGGCAGCGGGGUAGUGGGGUGUGAGCAGGGCAGGGGGCAGGAGUUACACUGGACCACCCGGGGGGCUGCGGGACAGACGCACGUCCCGGUCAAGGGCUUGAAGACCCCAGACCCCGCCCCACCCCCAUCGCGCGCCGCCCCUGCGGCGGCUCCUCCCGCCCAGGCAGUGCAGCAGCUCCCACCCCGCCCUCACUCGACCCAGUGGCGGGGCCCAGGAGGACUGACAGCGGGUCCCGCGCCCCGCGGAUGCGCCCGACGCGCCCGCAGCUGCCCUCUGCUCCGCGCCUCCUCCGGGCCAUCAGGCCUCCCCGGGACCCUCCGCGAGCGCCGCCUGGGUGCUGGGAGCCUGAGCGCCAGCCGGGACCAGGCUGCCCAGAUGCGGGCGCCACUCUGCCUGUUGCUGUUGGUCGCCCACAGCGUGGACAUGCUCCCCAUGAACCGGAGAAAGAAACAAGCAGUGGGCACUGGUCUGGGGGGCAACUGCACAGGCUGUGUCAUCUGCUCAGAAGAGAAUGGCUGCUCCACCUGCCAGCAGAGGCUCUUCCUAUUCAUCCGUCGGGAAGGCAUCCGCCAGUACGGCAAGUGUGUGCAUGACUGUCCCUCCGGCUACUUCGGCGUCCGUGGUCAGGAGGUCAACAGGUGCAAAAAAUGUGGAGCCACAUGUGAAAGCUGCUUCAGCCAGGACUUCUGCAUUCAGUGCAAGAGGCGGUUUUACCUGUACAAGGGGAAGUGUCUGCCCACCUGCCCGCCAGGCACCUUGGCCCAGCAGAGCACACGGGAAUGUCAGGAGGAGUGUGAUCUGGGCCCCUGGAGCAGCUGGAGUCCCUGCAUUCACAGCAGGAAGACAUGUGGGGUGGCCUGGGGCCUGGAGACCCGAAUUCGAGAGAGCAGCCGGGCUGGGAGAGAAGAGACAGCCACCUGCCAGGGUCUGUCAGAGUCCCGGAAGUGUCCUAUUCAGAGGCCCUGCCCAGGAGAGAGUACCAACAGCCAGAAGAAGGGCCGCGGAGACCGGCGUCUACGCAAGGACAAAAAGCUGGACCGCAGGCUGGAUGUGAGGCCCCGCCGGCCAAAGGCCUGAGGAGCCUGGGGAACCCCUACCCCCAUCACCCACCUGUCUCCACCCCACCUGGCCAUUUGCUAUGUUCAUCUUCCUCCUCCUAAUCCUUCACUCCUCCCUGCCUCUUCUCCUUUCUCUGUGUCAGUCUACCUUUGCUUUCUUGUUUCUCUUGACAUCCUAUAUUUCUCACAUCUCUGCUUUUCUUUUCUUCUUUUCUCAUUCUCUUAAUAUCCUUUCUGUCUUUCUUUCCAUUUUCUCCAUGUUCUGCAUUGUGGCCUUUGUCUCUCUCACACCACAUACACUUAAUGAGAGAGAGCGAGAGGGGGCGGGGGGGGGGGGAUCAGUGCCCUCUCCCUAGCUGCUUUCUUUACUCUUUAAAGGAAGUAGGCAUGUUUUUCUAGCCCUUUCCCUGACCCUGCACUGACCUCACCUUUGCAGAAUUGGGCUCCCAAGGGGUUGGCUGCGGCAGGUCAGCCUUGAGGCUGUGUCCUGAGAGCCCUGCUUAGAAUCUGGGAAACCCUGAAUCUAAAGCACCAAAGCCCCUGCUGGCCAGUCCCUGAGGCCUUUCCACAGCCCUGUACUGCCAGCUCCCAUUGGAGUCCCUGAAUGAGGCUUUAAGGGUCUCACGCCCAGCCUGGACACUUGCCCCAGUGGGCAGUUCAGGAGCCACCACAACACCUCCAGCUGGAGAACCAACCUCACACUCCCAGGAUGCAGUAGACACAUAGUUCUAGAGUGCCCUCACUACCCUUCUGGCCACCUUCCUCUCCUGACUGCCUACCCCUUUCGCCUAGGCUGACUGUCUCCCAGACCCUUUGCUGCAAAAGGUGGUCUGUCAUCCUUGUAGGUGCCACCAGAAGAGGCUAGCAAAGCUGAAAGGAACUUUGAGGUUACCUGGGCCAUUUGUCUCCCACCCUGAUGCCUCCAGCACAUUGGACCAUGGGGGAAACUGAGCCCUGAGAAUAUAGGAACUCACCCAAAGUCACACAGGGCAUCCAGGUGUCAUGUCCUCCACUUACUGGUGGCCCUCUUAGCACAACUGAGAGGAAACUGAGGGUCCUUGGGAAUAGAGGAUGGAAGGAAGUGCAGGGUCAGGAGUAUAGAGCCCCCCCCAUCCACACUGCCACUAAACCCUCCCCACCCCACAUUCCACCACACCCCUUAUACAUCAGCCAAGAAGAGCUAGGGAUAGGGAGUGGGGAGGAGUCAGGUUAGGCCAGCUUAGAGGUAAGUUUGUGCUCACUGCCCAGCACUGCACUAUCCUUGCACCCCACUUUAUCCCUUCAUUGCCCCACUUCAGUAAGGAAUGUUCCCAAUUCACAUUAGUAUGAGUAACUGGCCUAGACACAGAGGGUUCAGCAGGCAGGAAUGGGCCAGGGGUGGCCCGGAGAAGGGGUAAGUCAGCAGUCUGGAGGAGAUGCUAUGGUGAGGAAGUAGCACAGGGGGCCCCCUGACACCACCAAAUGCACCUUUAUUCUCACUCCCCUCUUCCUACCUCUUUGAGAACAGCCAGAACCCUCCAUGCCUGGCUGGGCCAAUAGCUUCUCUUUUGCAAAAGUCGUGCCUCUGAAAUGCUCUCUUGUUAUUGUUUCAAGCCCCCAACUUUGUUUUUUUAAUAAAGGGAAAAGAAAAGAGGAA